GCGGCCAGCACGAAAUUAGUUGCCCGAAUCCAUUUUUGUUGGUAAUACGCGAGUGUGCACGGUUAAGAAGAAAAAGGGUUUGAAGAGCCCUCGAAGCGAUCAUGAGAGUAAUCGCUGUAGGAGCAGCCUUGCUGCUUCUUGCACUAAGUGCAAAUCAAACAAGUGCAAAUGUUGCAGAUCCCUUUGUACACAAUUGGCAUUCGGGCUUCAUAAAUUGCUACGAAUGCGAUAGCCUGGCGGAAUGUUCCGCCGGCUCUGGCACCCUGCGCAAGUGCCUCGACAACGAUGCCCAGAGCUGUGUGGCCAUCUUCGACAGCGACGGUGCUGUGGUGCAGCGCGGCUGCAGCGACAAUCUGGUGACGAGCUGCUCGGCGGACCAGGACAAGUGCUACCAGUGCCGCUCGAAUGGCUGCAACAACCUGAAGACCGACUCGGAGCUGGUCGAUUGCGUGUACUGUGACGCCCAGAGCGAUGACAACUGCGUCUUCGACAUUGAGCUGGUGCAGACGAGGCGACGAUGCCAUCAGCAGUGCAUCACGGCACUGUAUCCCACCACCAGUGAUGCCAAGGCACCGCUGGAGCUGGUGAGGACCUGCCUGGACGAUCUGGAGUACGAUGAUCGCGAGGCCUGUGCCGAGGGCAGCUUUCCGAACUGUGUUGCCUGCACAGGAGCCAGUUGCAACCAGGUGGAGCUGGGUGUCCGUGGCAGCUGCAACUCCUGCCGUGGGGAUUGCUCCUCUCCGCAGCCACAGACCUGCCGCGCCGUUCCCGCCGACGAUGAUGUGGAACAUUGCUUCAUCGAGUUUGAUGAGAGCGGAACGCUCGCCGCUCAGGGCUGCCUCAGCCAGUUCAAUGUCAGCGAUGUGCAGCUGCUCGAGGAGAGCAAACGACUCUGGUACUGCUCCGGCGCGGACAACUGCAAUGUGGCGACUGCCCUGCCCACGCCACAAAACUGCAAACUGUGCAGCUCCCGCACCGAUGCCGAUUGCGCUGUUGAUCCGGAAGAGGUGGAGUCCGAGACGGAGUGCGGCAAUCCGGUGAACACGGACUGCUAUGCGCGGAUCCUGGCCAAUGGACACACGGAACGCGGCUGCCUGACGAGUCUGGAGGGUGAGGAGUAUCUGGAGUGCCUGCGGGAAGGCAACACCACGCAAUGCGCCAAGUGCACCGGAGAGAAGUGCAACCUAAAGCUACAUCCCACCGAGCGUUUGAGCUGUCAGACCUGUGACUCGAGUGAGGACUCCAAGUGUGAGUCCUCUCCGGCUGCCGCUGCCCUCUGCCUGCUGCACACUGAGAGCCAGCAGUGCGUGACCAGCCUGGAUCUGGCGGGUAAAACGCAUCGCGGCUGCAGUGCCUCGCUCGAGUGCGACUCGAAGAAUCCCCAAAAGUGUCAGCUCUGCUCCGGCUCCGAUUGCAACACUGCAAACCUGAAGCGUCUGGCUGAUGGCAAUCCGGGUCCCUGGCAGCAGGAGUUGCCGCUCAGCUGUCAGAGCUGCGUGGACGCCGCUUCCUGUGCAGCCAGCAGCAUUGAGGAGGUAACCUGCGCCACCGAGGCAGAUUACUGCAUGACCAUCUUCGAUGCAACGGGUGCGGUCAGCGCUCGUGGCUGCAGCCAGGUGGUGGAGGAAACCUACAGCGUGUACUGCGAUGCCAAUGGCGCCAGCUGCCACAACUGCAACUCGAAUGGCUGCAACAAGGCCCGAUCCCUGGACAGCUACCGCGAAUGCAUCUACUGCGAUGCCGAGAACGCCGAUUGUGCCCGCAAUCCUGCGGCAGUUGAGGCCAGACGCAGCUGCAAUGGCCACUGCAUGACUGCACUGCGACCCCGCUCCAAUGGCAGCAUCAUCUACGACACGGUGCGCGGCUGCCUGGACGACAAGGACGAGGCGGAUCAGCAGCCGUGCAUCGAUGGAGCGGACACCAAUUGUGUGGCGUGCGACGCCGACGACUGCAACGUGGCACAGCUGGCGGAGGAAACUCUCAGCUGCUAUCAGUGCUCCGGCGACGAGUGUGGCGAUCCCAGUGCCCUGCAGUGCACUCAAUACAAUCCCGAGGAUCGCUGCUACAUUCUGUUCGACCAGGAUGACGGCGACAUCACAUCCAUGGGCUGUCUGUCUGAUUUGGAGGAUGACUUUGUGGACGAGAACUUCCACUCGCUGCUGUUCUGCAAUGAGACGAAUUGCAACUUCUUUGACAAUCUGCCCACGGCGACCAGAUGCGUGGCCUGCGACUCCUCGGAGGAUCCCAACUGUGCCGUGGAUCCCAGCAAAAUUACGCUAAUUGGCACCUGCGGCGUUCUGCCCUACACCAACUGCAUGACGCGUGUGAUAAAUGGCAUUACCCAACGUGGCUGUGUGAGCAGCCUGCCAAGGGAGCAGCUGACCGCCUGCCUGGCGGGCAACGGCACCUGCCAGGUGUGCGAGGGUGAACUCUGCAACUUGGACAUCUAUCCCGCCGAUCGUCGUCGCUGCCAGCGUUGUGAUUCUGUCACGGAUGCCAGCUGCGCCUCUGCCCCGAAUGCAGACAGCGUUUGUCCCUUCUAUCUGGUGGAUCAGGGCUGCAGCGCGAAGCUCGUGAAUGGAGAGACUUAUCGCGGCUGCCAGCGUGAGUUCACGUGCGAUGACUCCGACAAGCAGCACUGUCGCGUCUGCUCCGGCAAGGAUAACUGCAAUGUGGCGGAUCUCGAGAGCUCCUUCAUUGGCUAUCCCGGCAAGUGGGCCACGCCGCCCAUCAACUGCUACACCUGCAACGGCACCGACUGCCAGGGCUCCAGCCUGGGCGCCCUGAAGAAGUGCGUCGGCAACGAUGAACAGAACUGUGCCACAGUGUUCGACAGCGCGGGUCUGGUGGUGCAUCGUGGCUGCACGGAUCAGCUGUAUGCGGAUGAGGACCUGCUCCAGUACUGCGACGAGCAGUCGGGUCGCUGCAAGUUCUGCAAAUCGACGGCCUGCAAUGAUGCCCGGGAGCUGGACACCUACGUGGAUUGCCUCAUCUGCGAUGGCGCCGAUCAGGCCGAGUGUGUGCGCAAAGUGGACGAUGUGACGAGGAGCGUGUCCUGCCAGGGCAGCUGCUUCACCGGCCUCUAUCCACGUAACACGGCAGCCAAUCCCAUACUCGAUUUGGCCCGCGGCUGUCUGGACGAUCUCGAGUACGACGAUCGCUUGGCCUGCACCGCCGGCACCUUGGACAACUGUGUGGCCUGCACGGCAGCCAGUUGCAACAAUGCCGCAGUGCCCGAGGAUCGCUUGAGCUGCAACUUCUGUGUGGGCACCGACUGCGCGGACACCGUCAGUCAGCAGUGUCUGGGCUACCGUGCCGCGGAUCAGUGCUACAUUCAUGUGGGCGAUCUCAGUGUCGAGAGCAUGGGCUGUGCCUCCGAUCUGGAGGACACUUUCCUGCUGGCCAAUCGCCGGGAUCUGCUCCUGUGCUCCGGCGACAAUUGCAACACGAAGGACAAGCUCAAUCUCGUUGGUGUUUCCUGCAACAUUUGCAACUCCACCGGAGAUGCUGGCUGUGUGGCGGGUGAAGACAUCUCACUGAUUGCCGUCUGCCAGCAUUACAUCAAUCCCGAAUGUUUCAGCCACAUCAAUGAAGAUGGCGUGCUGGAGCGUGGCUGCCUGAUGGACACGGAUGACGAGCUCUUCGACGAGUGCUCCAGCGGCGACAGCAGCAGCUGCCAAAUCUGCAGCACCAACGGCUGCAACUCGGAGGUUUAUCCCGCGGACUGGCUGCAGUGCCUGCGCUGCGACUCCGCCAGCGAGGCAAACUGUGCCACGUCGCCCACUGGCUACGGCAGCUACUGCCGCACCUACGACAAGGAUGACGCGUGCGUCACGAGUCUGUCCAAGGGUCGCACCCGUCGUGGCUGCCAGUCGGAGAUCAAAUGCGACGAGAGUCAGGCUGGCAGCUGUCGCGUCUGCUCCGGCGAGAACUGCAACGAUGUGGACCUUCAGUCGGGAUAUGUGGGCGAGCCCGGCAAGUGGCAGGAUCUGCCAUUGAGCUGCCACGUGUGCGCGGAUGUCGCUAGCUGUGCGGCGGUGGGCACGGAGCCCACCAAGUGCGAGGGCAACAACAAGCAGACCUGCGCCACGGUCUUCAAUGCAGAGGGUCAGGUGGAGGCCAGGGGAUGCAGCGACUCGGUGCAGUCCGCCCAUGCGGACUACUGUGAUCUCAACGGGGACAGCUGUCCGCAGUGCAAGUCGGAUGGUUGUAACAACGCCCUCAGUCUGGACUCCUACGUGGACUGCUACUUCUGCGACGCGGAUGAGGACUCCUCCUGCGCCUGGGAGACGCCCACGAGCACCAGGAAGUGCCAGGGUCAGUGCAUGACGGGCCUGUAUCCACGUAGCUCCGCUGUCGACUCGGCUCUGCUGCCGGUCCGUGGCUGUCUGGAUGAUCUAAACGAAGCGGAGCGCACCACCUGCGCCGCCGGCAGCCACGACAACUGCAAGGCCUGUGAGGGAGCCCGCUGCAACGAUAACGACAUCAUCGCAGAUCCCCAGGAGUGCUACGUCUGCUCCGAUCCCGAGUGCGAGGAUCCGCUGGAAACCAAGUGCCUGGCCUACCGGCCCAACGAUCAGUGCUAUCUCGCCUACAACGCGGGCGACGUGGUGGCCAUGGGCUGUGCCAGCGACUUUGAGACGCAGGUCAUCCAGGAGCUGGUGGCCCAGAAGCUCAUGUUCCUGUGCAGCGGCAACAACUGCAACUUCUACGACAUUGUGCCCGAUCCAAACACCUGUCUGCAGUGCAACUCUCUGGUCGAUUCUCGCUGCGCCACCAAUCCCAACCAGCUGCUGACCACCGACAUAUGCUCGGACCUGCCCUACACGGAGUGCGUCACGCACAUCGAUGCCAAGGGCACCACCACUCGUGGCUGCCUCUCCAACCUCGCCAGCGAUGACUUCUACAGCUGCCUCACCGGCACCCACGGCGGACUCUGCGACACUUGCACCGGCAGCAACUGCAACGGACUGACGGUCUUCCCCGUGGGUCGUCGCAGCUGCCAUCAGUGCGACUCCGACAGCGACCCCAACUGCGCCUCAGCACCCAGCAGCAGCACCGUGUGCCCCGUCUAUGCCGAUGGAGACAGCUGCGUGACGACUCUCCUCAAUGGCGUGACCCAUCGAGGCUGCAGCUCCAGUCUGAGCUGCACGGAUCCCAGCGAUUCUCGCACUUGCCGCAUCUGCAGCGGCGCCAAUGGAUGCAACACCAUCGACUUGGAUCUCAUCAAUGCGGAUGGCUUCCCCGGCGUUUGGCAGGAGGUGCCCAUCAGCUGUGUGGCCUGCUCGGGCGCCACAGAGUGCGCCGCAGCCACGAGUCUCGAGGCGUGUACCAGCUACGACAAUUGUGUGACGGUGUUCGACGCCAGUGGCGCCGUGACAGAGCGUGGAUGCUCCGAGAAGGUAUUCGAGGCAUCCAGCUACUGCGAUGAGCAGCCCGAAAAGUGUCCACGCUGCAACUCGAACGGCUGCAAUGUGGCCACCAGCCAGGACUCGUAUGUCGAGUGUCUGGUGUGCGACUCCAGCGAGAAUGCCGCGUGCCUCGCGACGCCCGCCUCGAUCGGCAAGACGCGCCAGUGCCACGAGAGCUGUGUGUCCGCCUUCCGCCCUCUGUUUGGGGAAACGACGGAUCCCAGCUACGCUCUGGUGCGCAGCUGCUACGACGAUCUGGAGAAGGAGGACCGUGACGCAUGCAAGGCCAAUGCCAAGGCAUUCUGCGCCACCUGCGAUGGGGCCAAGUGCAACACGGAGGAUCUGGUGGCCUCGCGGCACAGCUGCCUCGUCUGCCAGGGCGACGAGUGCCAAAACGCGCAGCCAGCCUCCUGCGCCAACUACAGGGAGAACGAUCAGUGCUACAUUCAGUUCGAUGAGCAGCGUUCCGUCAUCGCCCUGGGUUGCCUGAGCGAGCACAGCCACGAGGAGAUCUACCAGCUGCAGCGUGCCAAGCGGCUGCUCACAUGCAGCGCGGAGGAUUGCAACACAAUUGAGUCCCUGCCGGAGGCCCAUACCUGUGCCCUUUGCAGCUCCCGCACUGAUGCCAGCUGUGCCAUUGCCCCGGGCAGCGUGACCAGCUCCACCAGCUGCCAGCUGACGGGUCUGCCCGAAUGCUACUCGCGUGUCCUGUCCGACGGCAGCACCGAGCGCGGCUGCCUGUCCAGCCUGGAGGAGGACGAGUUCCUUGCCUGCUACAACGGCACCACCGACACCUGCCUCUCCUGCCAGGGUGAUGCCUGCAACAAGGAGGUGUAUCCCGCCAGUCGUCGCUCCUGCCACGUUUGCAACUCGGAAACUGACGCCACCUGCGAGUCCGCACCGAGCAGCCUCACCGUCUGCUACCUGUACGAGCCGGAGGAUCAGUGUGUGACGAAUCUGCGCAACGGAGUGACCUACCGCGGCUGCUCCACCUCCCUCAGCUGCGAGACGGACGCCAAGUCGUGUGUCUACUGCGAGGGCGAUGGCUGCAACCAGGUGGAUCUGGCCGCCAAGGCGGACGACAAUCAUGGCAAGUGGCAGGAUCUGCCGCUCAGCUGUCUGAGCUGCGCGGAAGCCACCUGCCAGGGUGCCAGCAUUCCCAGUGUCAAGUGCCAGGACAACAACGAGCAGGACUGCCUCACAGUCUUUGGCGCCGACGGCGUGGUCAGCCAUCGGGGCUGCCACGACACGGUCGAAGCGAUUGCCAGCGUCGCCACCUACUGUGCCGCCAACGAGGCCAGCUGCCUCGCUUGCAAGUCCAACGACUGCAACAAUGCCACUGCUCUGAGCCAGUACGAGACGUGCAUCUACUGUGACUCCUUCAAGGAUGCGAGCUGCCUGUGGGAGCCACUGCAGGAGGGCCGCAGGACACGCCAGUGCCAGGGCGGCUGCAUGACGGCGCUGUACGGCAGCUCGGACACCGGACUCGACCUCAUCCGCACCUGUUUGGAUGACAAGGAAGAGGCCGAUCGACUCACGUGCUCAGACUCCACCUGCGCCGCCUGCAGCGGUGCCUCGUGCAAUGUCCAGACCCUGCCCGAGGAUCGCCUCAGCUGCUACACCUGCGCCGGCGACGAGUGCGAGGAUCCCUCGCCGAAGCUGUGCGCCAUCUACAAGCCCAACGACAGCUGCUUCCUGUGGAUGGACGAGGACAACAGCAUCCAGCAGCUGGGCUGUCUGAGCUCUUUCCGCAACCAAGAUCUGGAAAGUGUCAUCAAGACGAAGCGCAUUGCCGUCUGCGAGGGCGUCAACUGCAAUGUCCCCCAGCUGCCCGUGCCCGUCCGCUGUGCCGUGUGCGACUCUCGCGAGGAUCCCACCUGUGCCACCAAUGCCCAGGCCGUUGGCAGCUUUGACACCUGCAGCCAAAUGCCACACACAAGCUGUGCCACGCGUCUACUGAGCGAUGGUGCCACCACACGAGGAUGUCUGUACGACUUGGAGCAGUCUGUCUUUGCCGCUUGCCUGCUGGGCAGCGACUCCAACUGUUCUGUCUGCUCCACGGAUGGCUGCAACCGAGAAGUCUUCCCUGCCGAUCGUCAGGUGUGCUACACUUGCACCUCCGAGGAUGACUCCUUCUGCGAGUCGGAUCCCAGCUACGCCUUGGCCUGUGCCUGGGUCAGCGAUACGGAGACGUGCAAGACCUCGCUGACCAAUGGAAAUGUGACGACACGCGGCUGCAGCAGCAGCCUGGAGUGUGAUCUGAGUGACUACCGCAACUGUCGCAGCUGUGUGGGCAGCGAGUGCAAUGCCAUCGAUCUGGCCAAUCGGCACGAUGAUGGCCAGCAUGGAUUCUACCAGGAGCUGCCGCUCACCUGCCACAAGUGCGAGGGCGAACAGUGCCACAGCUCGCUGGGACCGGCUGUGACGUGUGACCAGAACAUCGAGCAGGACUGCAAGACCGUGUUCGAGGCGGAUGGCGUGACUGUGCGUCGUCGUGGCUGCUCGGAUGAUGUGGAUGACUAUGAGGAUCGCUACUGUCGCCAGAAUCCCGAACUGUGCCCCAACUGCAAGUCGAACGAGUGCAACGAUGCCUGGAGCACCGAGGAGUUUGUCAGCUGCGUCUACUGCGACUCGGAGAAGAAUGCAACGUGCAUCACGGAUCCCACGAACAGCGGACUGGGCAGGCGACAGUGCAAGGGCCAGUGCCUGGUGGCACUCCACGGCAAGCACAUCAUUCGCAGUUGUCUGGACGACAAGGAGCUCUACGAUCGUGUUGACUGCAGCAACGAUGAGAGUGGCACAGACUGUGCCACCUGCACCGCGGAAAGCUGCAACACCUUUAGCUAUCCCGCGGAUCGACUGAGUUGUCACGUCUGCGCGGACGCCGCCUGCACGAGCAGCCGCUCCGAGGCCUGCUUGGAGUACGACACGAAUGACUAUUGCUUUGCCAAGUACAAUGCUGGCGUCGUGGAGCUGAUUGGCUGUGCCAGCAGCCAGAACAACACCAUCCUAGAGGAGUGGCAGGCGGCCAACCAGCUGUGGACCUGCACCGGCAAGGAGUGCAACGAUCUGAGCCGCCUGCCCGAAAACGAUGAGUGCGUGUCCUGCGACUCCAGCAAGACCUUGGAGUGUGCCCAGAACCCGGCAGCUGUGAGCACCAGCAUCACGUGCCAUGUGCCCAACUCGAGAUGUGUCACCCGCCUGGAGGGCAGACUCACAAUCAGAGGCUGCCUCAGCGCACUGAGCAACACAGAGGCUGCCACCUGUGAGGCCAACGGCAGCUGCUCCGUCUGCUCCGGCAACAAGUGCAACAUUGAGAUCUUCCCCGCCAACCGUCGCCGCUGCCACAUCUGCAACACUGCUGCACAAACGGACUGCUCCGUGGAUCCCAAUUACCUCGCCGUUUGUCCCAUCUACGAUGCCAACGAUGGCUGUGUCUCGGCCAUGGCCUUUAACGGCUAUCUGACCCGCGGCUGUGCCACUGAAGUCCAGUGCCUGAUCAGCAACGAUGACUAUUGCGAGGAGUGCAAGACAGAUGGCUGCAACAACUCCUAUCUGCGCGGCGCAGCAGCUCAUCUCUCCGGCAUUGGUCUGGGCCUGACCCUCAUCGUUGCCUGGGCCAUCAGCAUGCUGCGAUAGUCUGCCCUUUCGCCCUACUAUACGUACAUUUAGUUAGCUUUAUAGAGUAGAAUAUGCUUACCAUAAUCAGAGCGCCCCCAGAUCUACGUUCGAUCAACAAACGAUUUGUAAAUAAACCAAACGAAAAUAUGAA